GAUCCGGGCCGCGCUUCCUCUCGCCAGGCCUGCGAGCUUCCUCCCAGCGGAGCCCGGGCUAGCAGAGGUUGGCCGCCACCGCCGCCGAGCCCGCCGCCGCCCUCCAGCUCUAGCACCACCCCGCUCCCGGCCCCGGGGAUCCCGCCAGGGCGGGGUCCAAACCGGGCGACCGCCCAGCAGCGCAGCCGUCGGGGCCGUUCCCCGACCAGCUACCUCCCGCCCCGGCCAGUCCUUGGCCGCCCGAGCCCCCCGGGCGUGGAACGAGGGGAGCCCGGCGGCCCCCAGCCGAACGUCCUGGGCGGCCCCGGGCUGCCGGCGAGACGUUCCAAAAUCGAACCUUGGUGGCGGCGUUCGGAAGCGGAACUCUACCGGGGCCGCGCCGGCUACAUUGUUUCCUCCCCCCCGACUCCCUCCCGCCCCCUUCCUCCGCCUUUCUUCCCUCCCCGACCCGGGCUUUGCGGCGGUCCCCCUGCCUCUGUCGGACCGUCCUUCCUCCCUCCCUCUUUUAGCAUCCGUGCCUCUUUGUAUCGCACCCCCUGGGGACCCCUGCGCCCCACCCCUCCCCCUUGGCCGCAUGGACCGUCCUGCAGGCCGCUGAUGCCGCCCGUGUCGAGGUGGCCCGGACCGCAGUGCCCCGAGAGAGCUCUAAUGGUACCAAGUGACAGGUCAGCCUUCCUGUGACACGGAGACACCAGAUCUCCUGAGAAGAUGUCGGCAAUACAGGCCGCCUGGCCAUCCGGUACAGAAUGUAUUGCCAAGUACAACUUCCAUGGCACUGCUGAGCAGGACCUUCCCUUCUGCAAAGGAGACGUGCUCACCAUUGUGGCCGUCACCAAGGACCCCAAUUGGUACAAGGCCAAGAACAAGGUGGGCCGUGAAGGCAUCAUCCCAGCCAACUAUGUCCAGAAGCGGGAGGGCGUGAAGGCAGGCACCAAACUCAGCCUCAUGCCCUGGUUCCAUGGCAAGAUCACACGGGAGCAGGCUGAGCGGCUUCUGUACCCACCGGAGACAGGCCUGUUCCUGGUGCGGGAAAGUACCAACUACCCUGGGGAUUACACACUGUGCGUGAGCUGUGAUGGCAAAGUGGAGCACUACCGCAUCAUGUACCAUGCCAGCAAACUCAGCAUUGAUGAAGAAGUGUACUUCGAGAACCUAAUGCAACUGGUGGAGCACUACACCACUGAUGCAGAUGGACUCUGCACUCGCCUCAUCAAACCAAAGGUCAUGGAGGGCACAGUGGCAGCCCAGGAUGAAUUUUACCGCAGUGGCUGGGCACUGAACAUGAAGGAGCUGAAGUUGCUGCAGACCAUUGGGAAGGGAGAGUUUGGAGAUGUAAUGCUGGGUGAUUACCGGGGGAACAAAGUUGCUGUCAAGUGCAUUAAGAAUGACGCCACCGCCCAGGCCUUCCUGGCUGAAGCCUCGGUCAUGACGCAACUUCGGCACAGCAACCUGGUGCAGCUUCUCGGUGUAAUUGUGGAGGAGAAGGGUGGGCUCUACAUCGUCACCGAGUACAUGGCCAAGGGGAGCCUGGUGGACUACCUGAGGUCUCGGGGUCGGUCGGUGCUUGGCGGAGACUGUCUCCUGAAGUUCUCACUAGACGUCUGUGAGGCCAUGGAAUACCUAGAGGGCAACAACUUCGUGCACCGGGACCUGGCUGCCAGAAAUGUGCUGGUGUCUGAGGACAAUGUGGCCAAGGUCAGCGACUUUGGCCUCACCAAGGAGGCCUCCAGCACCCAGGACACAGGCAAACUGCCAGUCAAGUGGACAGCCCCUGAGGCUCUGAGAGAGAAGAAAUUCUCCACCAAGUCUGACGUGUGGAGCUUUGGAAUCCUUCUCUGGGAAAUCUACUCCUUUGGGCGAGUGCCUUACCCAAGAAUUCCCCUGAAGGACGUCGUCCCUCGGGUGGAGAAGGGCUAUAAGAUGGACGCCCCUGAUGGCUGCCCUCCCGCAGUCUACGAGGUCAUGAAGAACUGCUGGCAUCUGGAUGCCGCCAUGCGGCCCUCCUUCCUCCAGCUUCGAGAGCAGCUUGAGCACAUCAAAGCCCAUGAGCUGCACCUGUGACCUCCGCUUCCACCCAGGUCAUGGGCCUGUGGGGACUGAACCUGGAAGAUCACAGACCUGGUGCCCCUGCUGCUCGCUGGGCCUGAACCUGAACUGAGCCCCAGUGGGCUGGCAGGCUUCUUUCCUCUGCCCAGCCUGUCCCCUCUGGCCCCCCAGGGACCCCACCUAGGCCAGGCACCUUCUCUCAUGGACCUACUUGUAGACCUUGGGGUGCCUACUGCAGGUGCCAGGAAGGGAGGUGGCUGAGGAGCGGAGGCAGUGCCCCCAUCACAGUCAGCCUUCCCCUGGCCUCCCAUCGCUCGCCUUCUUAGAGUUUUAUUCCCUUACUUUUUUGAGAUUUUUUCCGUGUGUUUAUUUUUUAUUAUUUUUCAAGAUAAGGAGAAAGAAAGUACCCAGCAAAUGGGCAUUUUACAAGAAGUACGAAUCUUAUUUUUCCUGUCCUUUCCCCCAGGGUGGGGGGGACCGGCCCCUUUCUAGGGACCCAUGCCCCAGCCUCGUUCCCCAGUCCGUGUUCCGUGUCCCAUGUUGCCUCGGUCGCCCCGUGUUUGCGCUUAACCAUGUUGCACUGUUUGCAUGCGCCCGAGGCAGACGUCUGUCAGGGGCUUGGAUUUCAUGUGCCGCUGCCGCUCGCCCACCUGCCUUGUGAGAUGGAAUCGUAAUAAACCACUCCAUGAGGACACCGA